GCUUAACCUUACAUUGUACAUGCUUUGUACUACGUACUAGUAAUCCUGGCUGGAAUGGUCGCACCACUAAAUCUUAGCCCGCCAUUUCUGACGCAUAAUACAUGUAAAAUUCAAUGAUCAGCCCUACACCAGUUCGCAUAGCCGGAUGUGUCCAAUUUACAGGAGUUAUAUUGGACUAGUGGUAUUGCAGAUCUUGCUUAUACAACUCCACUGGUUCUUCCUAGGGUGUAGGGAAUACUGUACCUAUAUUAGUGUAUCUGUAUUCACCCACGGCCAUUGCUCGGCAAUACGCCUUCCCUUCAGAGUGGAAGCCUUGGAACUAGUCGACGUACUCAUCAUUACGAACCACAUCAAUGGCUGAAGUAUUGAUUUAACGAAAAGGAUUACUGUCUCUAGAAGAGCUGAACAUGGC